GGAUUUGCCAUGUGCGACGUCGAACCGCGCAAGUUUGCGUACAUUCCGCUGCUACUCAACCCAGUCUUCCCCGGCGAGCCGUCGGCCGCGUCGAUCCUCCUCGAGAUGCACCACCAGCUCAGCCUUGAGACCUCACCCCGCGUCCGGAAGCGCCAGCCCUGCAAGGUCGAGGGCUGCGGCCAGAUCAGCAUCCGCUACGGCCUCUGCUCGGGCCACGGCGGCCGCUAUGUGUGCAAGAUGGACGGUUGUGACAAGCUCGUCACCAAGGAAGGUGUGUGCACGGCUCAUGGUGGCCGCUACUACUGCAUCGUCCAAGGCUGCACCAAGCAGCGCUUGAAGAGCGGACUCUGCUUUGCACACGGCGGCGUCUCGUACUGCAGCGUGCCGGGCUGCAACAAGACACGCCAGAAGCGAGGUCUUUGCAAGUCCCACGGCGGUGUUGCCUACUGCAAGAUCGAAGGCUGCAGCAAAGUGAGCAAUGCCAAGGGUCUCUGCCGUGACCACGGCGGCGUCACUUACUGCCGGUCGCCCGGCUGCCAGAACCUCACGCAGCGCGGUGGUCUUUGCCGCAAGCACGGCGGCUUCUCGUACUGCCAGGUCCCAACGUGCAACAAGGGUUCGAUCAAGGGUGGGUUCUGCCGCGCCCAUGGCCACGACCUCGACGCCAUGAGCCCCCGUUGACACCCCGUCAAAUCUUUAUCCGGCUCUGCUGGCUCCUCCGGUUGCGUGAAAAUGGACUUCUGUGGUGUUAUUUUGUAGUUUAACGUACUUUUGAAUAUAAGAAUCUGUAUUAGGA